AUGGAGGCUGACGGAACAACUUCCUGUGGAAGAAAAAGAACCAGGAAAGAGAUUCUUGAAAAGAAAAAAGCAAAUGAGAAUGCGAUUAGAGUCGCUUCAUCCAUAAAAGAUCACACCUCUAAGUUCCCAAAUUUUCGCCACUACCAAAGAAAUGGGCUAUAUGCACACUUAUCGGCUGGACGUGGCAAUAAGCUCACGUUGCCUAUAAAACGAUACAUUCAAAAGCUUCUUAAGGUAAAUAUGGAAGUACCUUAUGGACCUGAGUGGGCCGCUGAAGAAAAGGUAAAGCGGCGGGAAAUGGUUGCAGAGGAAGCUCAUUAUAUAUUCGUUCAUGAGAUUUCUAAUGAAGAUGACAGUGUAGUGGAAAGAUUAAAGGACGAGGGGAGGACAUGCAGUUGUGCGGGUCCCAUUGUAGGGUUUGUCCAUUACCGAUUUAUUCUGGAGGAAGACGUACCUGUGGUUUAUGUUUAUGAGUUACAGCUCGAGACUCGCAUUCAAGGAAAGGGAUUAGGAAAAUUUUUAAUGCAAUUAAUUGAAUUUAUUGCUUGCGAGAACAAAAUGGGUGCGGUGGUGCUGACUGUUCAAAGAGCAAAUCUGGUAGCAAUGGACUUCUAUAUCCAUAAACUUGGGUAUACAAUUUCUGCAAUUUCACCUUCGAGAUUUGAUUCGUUGUUCGGACAAGAGAGAAGCUAUGAGAUUCUUUGUAAAACAUUUGAUCAUGAAGCUAAAGCUGUCCUGGAGGUGAGUUAA